AAAAUUAGCAGCACCAAUGGCAACAUUAGGCCUUAAUAUUUAUUCACCACCAAUGGGUCAUAAAUAUAUUUCCUCAAUAUCCAAAUAUUCACCUUCCAAUUUCAGAAUUUCAUGUUCCAGCUCAUUCUUGAAAAGUAAAAAGGAGGUUGUGUUCAAGCUGUGGAUACAGCCACUUGCAGAAAUGUGAGGCGAGGCUGCGUACAAUAGAGCCUUGUAGUUCAGCUCUUCUUUAUACCCCGUGUAUAGUUGGUGUCAUGUGACUAGGAGGUUGCGUGUUCAAGCUGUGGAUACAACCCCUUGCAGAAAUGUGAGUUUAAGAGGGAGUAUACAAGUGUGAUGAUAGUGCCAACUGGUGUUGGAGCAGCUAUUGGUGGCUAUGCUGGUGAUGCUUUGCCCGUAGCUCGAGCUCUUUCCUCUGUUGUUGACUGCCUUAUCGCUCAUCCUAAUGUUCUUAAUGCAGCAAUGCUGUACUGGCCCAUACCGAAUGCACUCUAUGUUGAAGGCUAUGCACUUGAUCGAUUUGCUGAAGGCCUCUGGGCACUGCAACCAGUACAUCAAAAUCGGGUGGGAUUGGUUUUUGAUGCUGGGAUAGAGGAAGAGCUUCUUAUUCGCCAUCUACAAGUAGUUGACGCAACAAGAGCUUCUCUUGGAUUGCCUAUUGUGGGAUACACUGUAACUGAUACACCUCUACUGGUGGAGAAAUGGGUUGACCCAGCAAGUGGCCAAUCAACAGGGAGGAUUCAGCGUCCAGAUUCGCUACUGAGAGCUGUGGAGAACCUGCAAAAUAGGUCUAAGGUAGAUGCGGUUGCAGUUGUGGCACGCUUUCCAGACGAUGAUACUGAAGACUUGGAUGAUUAUCGACAAGGAGUGGGGAUCGAUCUUUUGGCAGGUGUGGAGGCUGUUAUAAGUCAUUUAGUGGUGAAAAAUUUCCAGAUUCCAUGCGCGCAUGCCCCCGCCGUAUUGCCUCCUCAAUUAAGCAUUUCAGUAUGUCCAAAAUCAGCUGCUGAAGAGAUAGGAUUUACCUUCUUGCCGUGUGUCCUUGCUGGGCUUAGCACUGCACCACAGUAUUUGGUCAAGGGCAAUAAUUUUUCAGAUGACUGCAUUGUAGCUGGUGAUGUUGACAGCGUGAUUCUACCGAUUGAUGCUUGUCGUGGAGAUGGUGCUCUUGCAUUUUCCAGACGUAAAAGAAACAGGCCUCUAAUAAUUGCUGUUGAAGAGAAUGAAACAGUUCUGAAUGAUACACCAGAUUCACUUGUCAUUGACGCUUUGAAGGUGUCAAACUACUGGGAAGCCAUAGGUGUAAUUGCAGCACACAAAGCAGGAAUAGAUCCAAAUUCUCUUAGAAGGAAUAGAAUCAACAACAUUGCAACAACUUCUUUUGUUCCUUCAAAUGGUUAUGCUAUAUCGAGUGCCAAAUCAUUUGUUUGAAAUAAUCAGAGGCGAAGCCAGAAUUUCUGCUGAAGGGGUUCAAAAAAAUCGGAAGAAAAACUCACCGAAGGGGGUUCAACAUCUACAAUAUAUACAUAAAAAUCAUUUUAAUCAUGUAUUAGUGGUAUGCUUUUUCGUCAAAGGGGUUCAGAUGAACCCCCUUUUACUAGGCUGGCUUCGCCUUUGGAGGUAUCAGGUUCAAACUCUGGUUAUUAUGGAGGGAAUAUUGAUGUUUUCAUAUUUUUACUUUUAUUUUCCAUUACUAUCUCUUGUAUUAUCAUUAAUCAAGUAAUUAAGAGAGUACUAUAACAUGAUCCACUCAUUAUUUUA